CUGGCGGCCGAGCUGCGCGAGCCGGCGCCGCAGCCGCCCCCCCUCGCCGCUGCCCCUCACGCCGCGCCCGCGCGACGCCGGCGCCGGCGACGUCGUCGUCGUCGCCGUGGCCGAGCGCAUCAUCCAGCUCAAGGAGCAGGUAUGCCUAACGCUGGAGGGCCAGCCCACGCCCUCCCUGCAGACGUGCCUCGCGGCCUGCGCGGCAUGCUGCGCGCCCUCCAACGCGGCGUGUCGCCUGCCCGCCAGGAAGGCUCUCCUGCAGCUGAGCACGGAGCUCUGCAUCGCCAUCGCGGCCGCGCGCCCCGCGGAGCUCACCGACGAACUCCUGUCUUCCUUCGAGGCCCUCUGGGAGGCGUGCUGCCCCGACCUCCGCGCCCUCCCGCCGCUGGCCGCCCCCUCGUCGCCGGCCCGCGACGCCGACGACAGGGCCGCCAUCUCGGCCGAAAGGGAAGAGAGGGCGCCCACGCCGCAAAGCGACGACGAGGGCCCGCCCAGGCUGGCCCGCUUCGUG